UCGACUUUUGAGCUUUAUCUUCCUCUACGAGCCCAUGACUCUCACACGCAUUUUGUCCAAUUACAGGGCCUAAAAAGCUUUAAUGAAUCAAGUUCCUCAUUGGCUUUCACCAAGAAGCUGCGCAGAGAAAUGAUCCUGCCAGCCGUAAAGUUGGGAACCCUCGCUCUCAAAACCCUCUGUAAACCCAUUGCCAAUCGACUUAAGAAGGAGGCCAGCUUGCACCCCAAGUUCAGGCAGUUCAUUAUUAACAUUGCCCAGGCAAAUCAUCGAUUCACAACAAAAACACAAAGACGUAUUUAUGGUCACACAAUUGAUGCUAAAAUACGCCCACUUAAUGAGGAGAAAGCUGUUCAAGCUGCUGCAGAUCUUCUCGGGGAGCUCUUUGUCUUCACGGUUGCUGGUGCUGCUGUUAUUUUUGAGGUGCAAAGAAGUUCUAGAUCUGAGGCAAGAAAGGAGGAAUUGCGCAGGCAGGAAUUGCAGGCAAUGAAGCAAAGAGAUGAAGAUUUGGCUAAAGAGGUUGAACUUCUUAGACACAAGAUUGAAGAACUAGAACAACUUGCCAAAGGAAGAGGACUUACCGGUAUUUUUCACUUCAGGCACGCUCACACCAAUGAAGAUGGAAAGCCAAACAACACAUGAACGCUGUAAAAAUCAAGAGUCAAUUUACUAAAGUUUAACUGUACAGUUUGAUCUUGACGCCAAAAC